CAUACUUGAAAUUUUUUACCUAACAUCUACACAUAUAUAGUACAGAAUCUAAGAGGUUUGUGGUAUCCUUGUUCUGACAAUAUGCCUACUCAUUAUCCUAUUUACUGUCUCCAUUUCUUCAUUCUGUUUAUUUCGGUGUCAUCAUCCGGAACACAAACAGGAUACAGCACUAGUUCUGCGGCUAAGUUAGCCAUGUUCGUGUUUGGCGACUCCACGGUUGAUCCUGGUAAUAACAACUACCUCCAAACCCCUUUCAAGAGCAAUUUUCCGCCUUAUGGCCAGGAUUUUGUGAACCACAUUCCUACUGGAAGAUUUAGCAAUGGUCGCCUCGUCACUGAUUUUGCUGCAUCUUAUGCUGGUGUCAAAGAAAAUGUGCCACCAUAUCUGGACCCUGGCCUUAGCACGGACGAGCUUCUGACAGGUGUUAGUUUCGCCUCUGCUGGCUCUGGACUUGACCCUCUCACGGCCAAAUUAAGCGGUGUGAUGUCAAUACCGAAACAAAUGGAGUGUUUCAGAGAGUAUAAAUCAAAGGUUGAAGAGAUGAUUGGGACAGAGAGAACUCAAGCCUUGCUAAAGAAGGCUGUAUACAUUAUCAGCGCAGGAACGAACGAUUUCAUUGUCAAUUAUUAUGGUGCCUCUGGAAUUCGAAGAUAUAGCUACUCAAUUCCCAGCUACUCCCAAUUUCUGACGCAACAACUCCAAGAGUUAAUAGAGGAUCUGAUGGACGUCGGAGCUCGCAGGAUUGUGAUCGUAGGGGUGCCCCCGUUUGGAUGCUUGCCUGCCGUGAUAACUCUGUAUUCAAACCAAAUCCUCCAUCACAAGCGCGAGUGCAUCGCCACAAUGUCUUCGGAUGCACAAGGUUUUAAUCAAAUGGUGAAACAAAAAGCUAAAGAAUUGGAAAGGAAUGGCUCCAAGAUCUAUCACGUGGACAUAUACGAAACAUUCAAGGAUAUUAUACAAGACCCCAAAGAGUUUGGUUUUAACAAGGUGUAUAGCGGUUGUUGUGGUACUGGAUUAAUAGAACUAUCUUAUUCGUGCAACGCGCAAUCAAGGCUCUGCUCUAAUGCUUCUGAGUUCGUGUUCUUCGAUUCAGUGCAUCCUACUGAAAGAACAUAUUUUCUGGUAUUCAAGGCACUUAUUCCGACUAUUGAUCUCGUCCUCAAGUCUGAUUAGUUCCGGAUCAGAAACCUUGAUCCGGGGAUCCUGCAUUCGGAUUUGUAGGCCUAAAUUAGAAGGCGCAAUUAGCUGUGAUUAGUUGGAACACUGUCAAAAAUUUGAUUGUAAAUUGGAACAGCACAAGUAGCUGUGUAAGAAAGACUCUGGUUAUAUGUGGAAUAAAGAAGUAUCACUAUCAGUUGUAAUA